GUGAACGCGAGAUCUCCAGCGGAGCUUUCCUCGCCGCACCACCAACUUGUCACCAAAGAUGGCGAGUUGCUGAAUGCUCAUGGAUACACACAUUUCUCGGCUAGUUGUUAUCUUACCCGAAACGCCAACUUUAAAAACAAAUUAACUGUUUAGCGAGCAACUGUUUCUCCGUUUGAAGCACCUCUGACCCAGCGUCAGUCGCCGCUACCAUGCAGAUCACACUUAAAACGCUGCAGCAGCAGACUAUUCAGAUUGAGAUAGACCCCGAACAAACGGUGAAGGCCUUGAAAGAGAAGAUAGAAGCAGAAAGGGGAAAAGACAACUUUCCUGUGUCCGGGCAGAAGCUGAUAUAUGCUGGGAAAAUUUUGCAAGAUGACACACCAAUUAAGGACUACAAAAUUGAUGAGAAGAACUUUGUUGUAGUGAUGGUGUCCAAGGCUAAGCCUGCAGUUGCAGCCUCACCAUCAGUCUCAGAAGCACCCAAACCCCCAGUACAGGACUCUGGCUCCACAUCAACAGCUGCCCCGACUACAAACCCAACUCCAGCCCCAGCCCCUGCCCCUGCAGCUGUCCCCAUUCCUAGCGGGGAGGCCAAAGAGGAGUCAAGUGCCGUAGCCACAGAACCACAACAACCAGCUAGCUCCAGUGGUGGAAGUCAGGGCCUGGAUGCAUCCUCGACGCUGGUGACCGGAGCGGAGUACGAGGCGAUGCUGACGGAGAUCAUGUCUAUGGGCUAUGAAAGGGAGAGAGUUGUGGCUGCGCUACGGGCCAGUUUCAACAACCCCCACAGAGCCGUGGAGUACCUUCUUACUGGUAUCCCCAGCAGCCCAGUCCAGGAGAGUAAUCCCCCAGCGCAGGCUCCCACAUCUGGAACCACAGAAGCUCCGUCUGUACCAGAAGGAGAGAACCCACUUGCAUUCCUGCGCACUCAGCCCCAGUUCCUGCACAUGAGACAGGCCAUCCAGCAGAACCCUGCCCUGCUUCCCGCUCUCCUCCAGCAGCUAGGCCGGGAGAAUCCUCAGCUUCUACAGCAAAUCAGUCAGCAUCAGGAGCUGUUUAUCCAGAUGUUGAACGAACCAGUGGGAGAGGGGGGAGAUGCACCAGAGGUUGGAGAGAUGGGGGCAGCAGGGGAGGAAGGCGCGCCUGUCAACUACAUCCAGGUUACACCUCAGGAGAAGGAAGCCAUCGAAAGGUUAAAAGCGUUGGGUUUCCCUGAGGCGCUGGUCAUUCAGGCCUACUUUGCCUGCGAGAAGAACGAGAACCUGGCGGCCAACUUUCUCCUCAACCAGGGACUGGAAGACGACUGAACGGCAGAGGGUCACUGCCUUCCCGCUCCUCCCUCCUACCCUUCACCCCUCUUCUUCAGCUCAGCAUAAAGACUGCACCCCCAGAUUUUACUGUACAACCUCAGCUCAUCCCAAACAGGAGGGGGGGAAGCCAGUGACGGGAGAAGGGUGGAGGGGGGUGGGAGAAGAGGGGUGGCGGGGCAGGGGGAUGGGAAGGGGAGACGGGGGAGGGUUUAGGUUUCGGAGGGAUUACAAGUACACAAGGUCGACGGUUGUGUGCAGGAAGGUCGGGCGGUUUUAAAGAAGAGAAAAAAGUGGAAGAAUGAUGAAAUCCACGAGAAUUCCAAUGGAAUGUGUGGGGUUUGUUUAGGGAGAUCUAUAAUUUGAUUUUAGACGCGCUUUGUGAACAUUAGGGUGGGGGGGGGAGGGGCGGGGCAGUGAGAGUGUGUGUCUGCGUGUGUGUCCACGUAUGCCUGUGCAGAUGGAUGCGAUACAGUUAAGCUGAAAAAGUAAUCGAUCUCGCGUUCUCUAAGUUUGUUAAUGCUGUAGCCACGAGGAAGCACGUUACUCCUCACCGCACGUAAUCUGUGCGUGAGCGCGUUUGUGUGUCUGUGCGUGUAUAAACUGCUCGUGUCCACUGUUGCAAGCUAACAGUGGAGGAACAACAUCUGGCAUAGAUGGACUGGUUCUUGCUCGUGACAUUGCUGGGAACCAUCGGCCCACACGAGAACUAAACUGAUUCCUGUUCCUCGCUUUGCCCAGUCAGGAGUCCCUGCAAACACUGCGCCCGCCCACUCAAACAUCUGAGGCUUUUAUGUGCGCUGAUCGCUUCUGGUGCCAAUUAACACGACUCAUAAACAUCUGUGGUGCGCUCCGUAAGAACACGGCGUUAAUUUGUGGUGGCAGGUGUACGUGCCGACGAUUAGCAGCGCCGGGUCACCAUCGCGUUGCAUCGCUUCAUACUCAUGAGGCUUUAAGCUUCGGAGAGACAAACUUCUAAAUUGACAAUCAUGAAGGAAAAAACCUACAAUAAUAACGAGGAAUGACCUAACGCAGUGAAUUUAUGUUUUAAAGAAGACUGCGUCAUCUAAAGCGUCUUCUUUCCCUAACUCGACAGGUUGCAUCAGAGUAGACUUGUUAUGCUUUUCCUUUAUUCUGUCAUAUUUAUGUAGUGUUAAAAUUAUGGAAUAAUAAACAUAGCAACGAGUUUCAACUAACGAUCCAAGUGUAUAUACAAGCACCAAUGAGGCAAACGAUCACUUUCAGGCAGUUUUUCUUCUCUUGGCUCUGUAUGAUGUCACAGAGAGGGGCGUCCCCACCUGCUGCUCAGAUCUUCUGUUUCUUGGGGGAAACUUGAGUCUAGUUUAAGAUGAGGAUUAUUUUGAGCUGCGAGUCUUCCGUCGCCUCUCUAGCAGAGUCCAAGAAUAAAAAUGCAGCAUGAUAUGAGCAUGAUAGUUCCCCUUUAAGAACAAGUGGACUCAUUGUCUGAUUACUACCUUGCUACAGUGUAGUAACAUGUCUGGGUUUUUACAAAAGCUUCUUUUUUUAAAUUUGAGUUUCCUUCUAAAUCAGCUUUCGGACACUAAAAAUAAAAGGAAAAGUCUGGAAAUCAAAUCAGCCUUCAGCUUCCUCGUGGAGCAGAUAACCUGUAAUCAUCCUGGUCUGUUUAAAGUGAUGUGGCUAAAUAGGAGCGUGAAUGAAGUGGAGAUUCAGUUAUGCGUCUUCAGUUAGAGUGUGAGAGGGCCACGCAGAAAAACGUGCUGCUGUUGCCUUUAUAGUCGGAUUAGCUAGCCUCCUGUUACCGUGUGUAGUUAUCAUUAAGAACAAAAACCCACUAAAGUUGAGUCAAACUCACCUGAGAUGUUGGCCCUUGCACACCUGCCGCCGAUCAUGAGGCCGUGCUCUUACUUUGCAGUAGUGUUGAUCAACACACAGAAGCACGCACGGGUUGGGUUGGAGGCUACCGGUGCACACAGAGCAGCUGAUGAGGAGUAAUGUGAGGAACAGAUCUGAUCCAUCGUCACCAUCAUACCCACCGUACGGGCUAAUGACCCACGACAGAUUACUGUUCUGAAGCUUUGCAGACCCGGGCCCUGUUCUUCACACGUGUGCGGUGACUAAACCAGCUGCACGCUGCUAUCAGGCUAAAACAGAGCAGAUUGUCGCACAGUUCAUCUGAUCUGAAAGCAUUCUGAGGACUGAUGACCUCGGAUGAAGUUCUCAGUGCGUGGAGCUGGAGCCGGAACUCCAAUCAGCACCGUAGCUUUAAAAUAGUUCUGCAGGUUCAUUUAGGAUUUUUAGUGUUUAAGAAGAUUCAUUGUCAUUCUGAUGUCUAUCUUUUAAUGGGUUGUGCGCUCUUUUUGGUUUUUUUUUGUCAUGCAUAGAUACAGUUAAGAUUAAACAGACAUUUGGAUCAGAAAACGAGUUCAAAAGUGGGAUUUCACAACUCUGGCUUCAAAGAACCAAAACAGUCCAGGCCUCGCAUCAAAUUAUCAGCAAACCGUGAACGACUUGAGGCGUCCACACGUGGAGAACGGGGCCCCGGUUUGUGGUGUGUGAGGUGGGGACGUGUGGCAACCUUGAUGUGGGUCUGCAAGGAGACGGUAACUGUUAACUGCAGUCUCAUCCUGUGUGCGUGAGGGCGGUUUAUACUGACAGCUGUCCUACAGCAUCAACAUGAUCUUAGACUAUGCUGUGCUACAUUAAAUAUCAGCAGUCUUUCAGG